AUGUCUGAAAGACGCCAUAAAUACGUUCUGUAUCCGCCGCCUGACAAAAUACCAGUCCAGGCGUCAAGUAUACCCUCGCCUAUACCAGCAAGGGGACUUCGCGGCGCCCAGAAGCGUGGAAAUCCACCUGCAAGCUUGCAGUCUGAGUUGGCAGAGGAGAUUACGAACAAUGUUGUUGACAUCUCGCCCCUAAGAAGUGAACCACUUCCUAAAUCUCACAUCGAACCAGAAGAGGGUCUAAAGGAGACUACUCAUUUGUCUACCAUUCAUGAGUCAUUAUCGACACAGAAGUCAUCAUUUGCAACGUCUUCAAAGACCCAUUCAUCACGAAGUGUGAAGUUUGCCUUGCCUAAUGAUGCAGCUGUGGAUGAGACUUUAGAAAGCCUAGAGGAAGAGUUUCUAAAGCUUUCUAAGCCUUCUAGCACUAGUAGUUCUGCUAACUACACAGAAACGAGAAGGGUGAGAACGGGAGAUAUCAAUCUUCCCAAAGACAAUGGAGAAAGUCUUCAAGCUCUCGUCGGCCCUGGAUAUCUCGGUGCCUCAACAUACAUCGGCGACCCUAAGCCCAUUGCAGAUCGUAGACGUUUUGCUAGUGACGGAAGAUUUGAUAAUCAUACAUCUGUCGGCGACCACCAGCACGUCGGCGACCGCCAGCACGUCGCCGAUCCCCAGCACAUUGCCGACCCCCAGCAAGUCGCCGGCAACCCGCAUGUCGACGACCAUUUGAACGUCGGCGAUUCUGAUCGUACUGUUGCUUCCAAGCAUAAAUUUAAAGCGGAUCCAGGUCGCGUCCCUCCACGUCUAUCAAGAUUUCAACAGGAACCACCUUUUCCACCUCCAAACUUUCCACCACCAUCUCCUCCUCCUCGACACCACUUAAGAGGACAAACCCUUAAAGAAGCCAAACCACACCAUCACGAACAGGCUGCGUUGCCUGGAAGCAUAUCUACUACAAAUUUGCGCCGAUUAUCAGAAGAACUGGCUGGAGGUGGUAAUUUUUCACCCCAAGGAACGACAACUACUAUGUUGCCUGAGGAUAUGGUAUCUGGAGAACCAUUAACGGCUGCUAUGGUGCGAUUCCCUCUCCUUGACGACAAUGAUUCGGUAGUCGAGUCUUCGGUCUACUCACUUAGCACACAGGCCGAGGCUGAAUUGCUGUCCCUGGCUGGCCCUGUUACGAACGUCGAAGACGGCCCCAAAUUGCUUACAGUGACCAACCAGGAGAUGGCGGACCAAGCACACGAAGCCUCUAUUUCAGAGAAGUCCGAGACGACAGAUGCACAGGCCUCUGAUUACUACGACCGCAACGCGGAGCACCUAGAGCACCCGCACAUCGAGCAGGGCCAAGAGAACGAGACAGAUUUGGUCAGUUCUGCUCCGCAGAUUCAUUCAGAAUCUCCUCUGGCCCAUCGCGAAACAAGCCAGGACGCACAAACCAUCUCACGAAUCCACUUGACUCCUCGAAGCGUAAUGGAUGCCACCUCGGAGCUCCAGCGACUUGCUGGAAGCUAUUCGCCAGACACGCACCCGAACACGCCUCUGGUCGAACGAUUCCACCGAACUCUUCAUCGAGAGGUAGAUCCCGAAGAAUCGGAUUCUGAGGAGCUUCCCAAGCCCCCGGUGGCUGAAUCUCACCGAUCUCGUCGUGCCCAUCGAGGCACCGACCAGAUUCACCCAUCGUCAGUCAUUGCUGCAAGCACCCCUUCUCGAGCCUUAGGUAACGAGAAUAUCCGAGCUAUCAUCCGCGAUGAGAUGACCGAUUUCCAAGCCAACGAUUACACUGGCAGAAUCAGUCGACCUGCUGCUUUAGCAGCAUUGCAGCAUAGUCUGUACCAGCAACCUCUGCGCACUGAAGCCGGCAUGCGAACUUUCAUUCGCCACCAGAGCAGUGCCGAGCUUCACGCGCACAAUACUACGGCUGAGGACCGAAUCUUUGAGGAACUUUCGCAAGCUAUCGAGCGCGAAGAGCAGGUUGGUCAGCCUGCAGGCCCGCAGGAUGAUCCCUUCUAUUACAAUCCUCACCAUGGCCUCUUCCACGAUGCACCGAUCGCUCCUAACGUCGCGGUCCACGAGCAUGCGCACCAUGCCCCUCAUACUCCCCAUAUCUUCCAUACCCCCCACGCGCACUACGCGCAUCACGCACCCCCUCCCACUCCCGCUCCCGCUCCCGCUCCCGCUCCCGCUCCCGCUCCCAUCGUUCCGGAGCCUGUGCCUCGUGUGCCUUCGGCUCUUAGCUCGACAGCGAGCCGCCAGUCGCGACAAGGAUCGCAACACCACAGCCAGCCGGGAAGCGGUCUCUCGGUGAACCCCAUGUGGAUUGAUCCGGAGGACCAGUUCGUCAUGAAGCCUGCGCCAGGCCCGUUCCUAUACGCGCCCAUGGACCCGGAAGAGCAGAAGCGUCGAGACGAGGAGAAGCGCAUGAAGCGCCAAGAGCGUGAGAAGGAGCGCGCGCAGAAGAAAGAUGAGAAGGCCAAGGCCAAGGCCAGCCAGAAGAUCGAGAAGCAAGUGCGAAAGACAAGUUCGCAGCAGCUCGACUCGGCCAACCCCGCCACGCUCCGAACCGCGAGCAGCUUCUCCGGCUCGCUGCGCCGCGCGUUCCAGGCGCUGAAGAAGCCGACCGUUGCCACCCCCAACCUCCCCACGGCUGACGAAGACGAGCACGACGAGGAGGAGAGUCGAGAGUGA